CCACCCCCCCCCCCCCCAAAUUCCUCCCUCCAGUUCCCUCCAGUUGCUCCAGAAUUGAGAGAGAAAGAGAUUUGAGACACAGAGAGAGAGAGAGAGAGGCGCCUCUUUCCGGAUCCUGGCUGGAUUGCUUCGUCUUGCCAGGCACCCAGGCACCGGCUUUCCCCUCGCCACCCUCCUCUUCCCUUCUCGGCUCAUUCCCACCAAAGACCUCCCUGGGGUAGGCUUCCCUUUUCCUCUAAACCGGAUUGGGAACCAACACAAGCAAACCAAGCAGGUCGAGCCUGGUGUUGAUUUGGGAGUCGGAAGAGAGGGAAGGAGGAAAAAACAAGAAAGAGAGAAAGAAAGAGAAGAGAAGAGGCAGACAGAGAGAGAGAGAGAGAGAGAGAGAGAGGAGUCCAACCCUCUGGUUUGGGAAAGAAGACUCGACUGUGGCAAAGCCAAAGGAGGAAAGAACAGGAAUUGCUUUGGAAAUAACAUCAUCGCGAAUUUUUCGAAUUUUGCAGAAUUUUCACCCUGCUCCAUCAUCAACCUCAUCCUCAUCCUCCUCCGCCCUUCCUUGAAGCUGAAGCCCAAAUGGGUUUGGGAAGGAAACCUUGGAUACCUUCUUUGGUUUUGGACUCCAAAGAAUCCUGCUUAACUCAAGGAAGUUGAAUGAGGUUUGCCUGCUGCAGAGUUGUUACACUAGGGAGGAUUUAUUAUCCUUGCUAGGAGUCGUCAUCACCAUCCAUUAUUAUUAUUAUUAUUAUUAUUAUUAUUAUUAUUAUUAUUAUUAUUAUUCUCAGACCGGCUUCGGUUCUCAGGAUCCCUUUGGGGUUGCUUCCCCAGCCUCGCCAACUGCCUGUGGAUUUUAUAUGUGCUUCCGAAAAGAAGGGAGGAAAAAAGGAACAGCAGCGUCCAUCUCGGCAGCUUUGGGUACUAUUUUAUGAAAUCUUUUCAAAGUGUGCAUCUUUUGGGGGAGAGAAAGCAUCAUCCUUGCUCUGGACCAAGACCCAGCCGCCCGCCUGUGUCCUUUUUUGCACUGACUGCCAUGGGAUUGAAGAUUUCCUAGCUCGGUGGUGGUGCUGGUGGUGGUGGUCUCGGCAUCCCCUCCAGGUCUCUCUUUUUUCUCUCUCCUUGCCCUGCACUCAAAAGCCUACCUUUAUGAGAUGGAAAAUCGAGGGCUGUUCGGUGCCCUUUGUUACCUGAUGCUUAAUGCCCCUUUGGUGUUCCUAGUGCAGGCAACAUUUACCGAAGUUCCAAAAGAUGUGACUGUUAGGGAGGGAGAUGAUAUUGAGAUGCCUUGUGCUUUCCGGGCCAGCGGAUCCACCUCUUACUCCUUGGAAAUCCAGUGGUGGUACCUUAAAGAACCGGCACGGGAGCUGGCCCACGAAUUAGCCAACAGUGGCCCUGGCAGCAGGAGCAAGGUACCAAAUAAGGAUGCAACGAAGAUCAGUACGGUGCGUGUGCAGGGCAACGACAUCUCGCACCGGCUGCGCCUGUCGGGUCUGCGGCGGCAGGACGCGGGCGUGUACGAGUGCCGCGUCUCGGACUUCGGCGGCGAGGACACGCACGAGCACCGCGCCCAAGCCCUGCUCCGCGUCCUGCCCCGAUUCGCCCCGCCAGACGUCCAGGCCGCCGAGGCCGUCUCCCACAUCCAGAGCAGCGGGCCCCGCAGGAGCAGCGCCGCCGGGGGAGGAGCAGGGGGAGGAGCGGGCUCCGGGAGCAGCAGCAGCAGCAGCAGCAGCGCCUCCUCCUCGCCCUCCCGAGACGCCACCGCCGCCCCCGGCCUCGGAGACAAGCGCCUCUUGCCCGCCCAGGGAGAAGCCGCAGCCUCCUCCUCCUCCUCCUCCUCCUCCUUGUCUUCAUCCUCCUCCUCCUCUUCCUCCUCUUCGUCGUCUUCCUCCUCCUCCAGCACGACCACAAUCUCCGCCGCCGCCGCCGCAGCCUCGUCGGCCUCGCCUCCCCCCGGGAAAGCCGCCAUCCUCCGGCAGCAAGGAUCAGGUACAGAACCUAUUUAUGCUACAGAUCCAGUCCUCUGUUCAUUCCUGUUAAUGUUGCAUAAGCUUGUACACUUAUUAUUAAACCACUGAUGGACUUCUUUAUCCAAUAAAUCCUCAGCCAAACGAGAAAGGAACCUAUUUAAAAACCAAGCGGAAGAAAGAGAAAAGAACCCUCAACGAGAACUAUAAUCUUAAAGACGGACCGAAUGAGAGAGAGAGAGAGAGAAAGAGAAAGAAAGACUGGACAAGAAGCAUGACACAUUCUAUGGGGAGGGGUAAAGCAUAUUUUUGGGGACAUUACGCAAAGGUCAGCCACCUGAAAGAAUGCAUCUAGUUUCCAGAUUCUAUGGUAUUAAUGCCCUAUUCCACACAACAAGGUAGCGAUUCUUUUCCUCCCUUCCUUUUCCACGGUUUCUUUCGUUUCUUACACCUUCUUUCCUCCAACGAUUAAUUUUGCACGAACUGUUGAACAGUUGCUUUUAUGAUGAUAUGUCAAGACGUCAGGGCGGGGAGAGAAAGCUCUUCUAAAGAAGGGCACUAUUUUUAGUAGAUUAUUGUGGUUAGCCUUUUUAUUAUUAUUAUUAUUAUUAUUAUUAUUAUUAUUAUUAUUUCCUCUCCCCUUCCCACUCUUCUUCUUCUUUCUCUCUUUUUUUAUUUUAAAAAAUUAAAUUAUUUCCUUUGGAAAACGUUGGUUUUAAACAAAGGCACAUCUUAUCAUGACGAAUAUUCACUGUCGAUAAUAUUUAUUUUUAAAUAAUAAAAAAAAGAAAAGAUUGGAAACAAGGUAAGACAUUUGUUUAUAAAAACUGUAUUGUAUAUUGCUGAAUAACAGUUGAAUUAAAAAAAAAGAGAGAUUUUGAAA